CCUAUAGUUAGGCUCAUGACCUGUUCAUUGAUCCGUCUGGCUGACAAUAUAUAUUUAUCUGCCAUUGGCAAAUUUCUGCUCUUUGGCUGACAAUGGUCCGAAUGGAGGUCAAACUAGCAUUCCCCCAGGACAGACCGCCACUUUCCGUCAUUUCAGCCGCAAAGAUUGCAGGUGUUUCUGUAAUCAUUGAUCCGACCCUUGCCUCAGGUUCAGUGCCCACACUACACUUCAGUUCUGGGGAUUUUAUACAUGGUGUCAACACAGUUCUCCGGUACAUUGCACGUGUUGCAUCUGUUUCCAGCUUCUAUGGCCAGGACGAUAUUCAGGCAGCACAUGUUGACCAAUGGCUCAAGUACGCACCAACUCAUUCUCUCAGGCUCUGAAUUUGAAGCUGCUUGCUCAUUUCUUGAUGGAUACUUGGCAACUCGAACCUUUUUGGUUGGUUAUGGUCUAUCAAUUGCUGACAUUGUCGUGUGGUCAAAUCUCACAGGUCACCAUGGUUGUUCCAUUGUCAUAUCAUUCCUCAUAUGCUGCUGUUUAGCAUCACAAAAGAAGAAGGCCAGAGUUAUUUCUUCCUUUUGGAUAUUUUCCAUCAUAACUAGCAGCCAAUCUGAGC